GCCCACAGAUGUCCCAGAAUAACCCAAACCUGGGGAACCUCCUUGGCUUGAAGGGGGAGAGCGAUGGUGGGCACCUGUCAGCUGCGGGAGAUGCCACCCAGUAUCUGGGCAAGACCGUGAAGGCGCUCGUUCAGGAGAAGCUUGCAGAGCCCUGGAAGAUGUAUUUGCGCAGGUUUGGCACUAAGGAUUUCUGCGACGCCCAGUGCGACUUCCUUCACAAGGUGCAUUUCCACUGCGUGGUGGAAGAGUGCGGUGCGCUCUUCAGCACCGUGGAUGGAGCUGUGAAGCACGCCAAUUUCCAUUUCCGAACAGAAGGAGGCGCCGCGAAGGGAACCUCGGAGCACACCUUCCCGACUCCGGCAGAGAACAAGACCUCCAUCCCCCCUUCCUCUCCAUCCGCCACGUCCGCCAUUCUGGCCUCGGCCACGGAGGGGCCCACCGCGUGUCCGGCUAGCGUGCCGUCCGCUCCCACGCUCCUGGCCUGGAAACAGCUGGCUUCUACCAUGUCUCAGCUUCCCGUCUCGGGGCCCGGGCUGGCCACCUCCCCGAUGGCCACCACUUCCCUGGAGAACGCCAAGCCACAGGUCAAGCCAGGCUUCCUCCAGUUCCAAGAGAACGAUCCUUGCCUGGCCACGGACUGCAAGUAUGCCAACAAAUUCCACUUCCACUGUCUCUUUGGGAACUGCAAAUACGUGUGCAAAACCUCGGGGAAGGCCGAGUCCCACUGCCUCGACCACAUCAACCCCAACAACAACCUGGUGAACGUGCGCGAUCAGUUCGCUUAUUACUCCCUGCAGUGUCUCUGCCCAAACCAGCACUGUGAGUUCCGCAUGCGGGGGCAUUACCACUGCCUUCGCCCCGGCUGCUUCUUCGUGACCAACAUCACCACCAAGCUGCCGUGGCAUGUGAAGAAGCACGAGAAGGCUGAGCGGAGAGCCGCCAACGGUUUCAAGUACUUCACCAAGCGGGAAGAAUGCGGCAGGCUGGGCUGCAAAUACAACCAGGUCAACAGCCACUUCCACUGCAUCCGUGAGGGCUGCCAGUUCUCCUUUCUGCUGAAGCAUCAGAUGACGUCCCACGCCCGGAAGCACAUGAGGCGGAUGUUGGGGAAGAACUUUGACCGCGUUCCCACUCAGGUGACUCUCCCGGAGGAUUUGCUUCUCCGUCCCAGGGCUUCGGGGUUUUCAGGGACAGCAGUUGGAAGCAGGAAAGCCUCGGCUGUGUGGGCCAUCCAGCUCUGGCUGCCCCCCGCUUUCCACCAGCAGCUGCCCCCCCAGGCCUCCUGA